AUGUCCGUCAGCUAUACGACCUGGCAAAGACACAACCCCCCAAAGCCGCCCGCAGGCAGUCAACCUCGUUCCCAUCGAGAAAGGACCCCGUUCUCCGAUGUGUCCUCUCCCAACUUGCCCAAUGGCACAUUGAAUCUCGGAGGCUCUGAACACACCCCAGCCCCGGCUCCCACGUUUACGAACCUCCUCGAUGACCCGGCGGAUACCGUAUACGAAGAAUACGAAGGAUUUGACGUAGACGAUGGCGGAUCGUUCGCAUCGGCGGGGAUUUCGGAUUACCGCCAGGACUCUGAAGACGAGCUUGACCUUCAAGGCGAGGAAGUCGAUGCGGAAGACAUGCAGGAUCAGCCAGCACCAGAUUGGUGGGGAGAGGAUCGGUACGAUGACGGAGAAGACGAUGAAGGCGAUGACGGUCUCCUUCGCGUUCCACUGGCUCCAGGUCUAGGUCUGGUCAACGAAGACGGCCUGCUAGCAUGGCCUGACGACCGACCCCGUCUAGAAGCUGAGGACCUCGUCAAGCAUCAUCAGCUGGACGCUCCUCUCCGUCAUCUUUUUACAACCAUCGCAUACGGAAAGGCUACCGGUAUGAGCUAUGCGUCCGCCAACGUACAGCUCGAUCAUAUGACUACCGCAGUCGAACUUGCCACGGGAGAGGUCCUUGAAGGUCGGACAGCCCAAGUCAAGACCGCCCUCUCUCGAAUAGGAGUGAACCCCGACGAUCUGCUCACUCGGUACAUCGUCUGCCCAAAUGUGAAAUGUUGGAAUCUCGUCCCCUACCGACAACUUUACGAGCUUCCGUCCCCGUUUUGCACCGCCGACGUCGACGAGGAGCAGUGCUCGGCCCGACUUUACCGUACCUCAAAUCACAUACGGACCCCGAUAAAAGUCAUGCCAUACUCCAAGCUGUUGUCACAGGACGAUCGAUAUCGGGCCCGACACGUUCCUCGCUUUCGGCCGAGAUCAUCGAGAAGCCCGACAACCCUUACGUACGCGUCGCUUUGGAGAUCGGACUUUACGGUACAGGAACGCACAGAUCCGUACGCGAAGCGAGGGAAAGGACGUCGAAGCGAACGAGAGAGAAGAACGUAG